AUGCCACGUAAAUUACGUAAGAAUAUACGUAAAAAACGUGCUACAACUUUGAAACAUCCAGUGGUAAAACUCCCCUCAGCAAUGCAGCAAGCUGCAACUGACCCAUCUUUAUUGGCGCAAAUGUACCAGAACCAUUUACUGGCGCAGAGAGUGCUAGGAAGUCAAGGUGGAGGAGGUUUAAGAGCAGCUCUUAUGAAUAAAAUUGCAAUGGGUGGUCAGGGUGCGUUAGGUUUGGAUGGUGCAGCUUCUUCAUUCGAGAAGAUCUUCUUAGAGCUUCUCGUGUGA